AUGACUUGGUGGUUCCUGUCAACCGAGUGGCCGAGCCCUUCAAACUCGAAACUGCAAUUCUUCUUUCAUGCCGGCAGAAGGGUGCCCUGCCUCUACCGGCUGCGCCACAAGAAAAACCAUACCAAGAAGCCCUGCAUUGAGGCGAUCCUCUCACCUACUACCCCUGGGCCGAUCCUGACGCGCGCCCAAGGAGGUUUUCCCACCCAGCUGACGCAUUGGGACAAUCCUGCAGCCGACGAGGCGGACCAGCGGGUGUUGGAUAUUCUUGGACGCGUAACCGGGUGCUCCGGCCCGUUGUGGGUGAAGGAGUAG